AUGUCUUCUUGGUCUGGGUCAACCCAAUACACAACUAUUGAUAAGUUUGUUUAUAAUGCCAAAUGUGUGUCGCUAGCUGAAGUGGCAAAGUUAAAACAGGAAUCUGUCUGUGUAACUGUGGCUACUACUUUGAAAUUUGUUGUUUCCAAAUAUGGAUGGUUCUACUAUGGAUGCACCGGCUGCACUUUGAAGGCUCCCAAUCCAGAUAAUCCGUUUAAAUGUGGAUGUGGUGAAAAUGUUGUGAAACCUGUACCAAGGUACAAGGUUGAGAUUCAUGUAAUUGAUGGAGAAUCCAAGUUCCGCUUUGUAUUUUGGGAUACUGAUUGCUUUAAUAUCAUUGGAAAAACAGCCGACGAUAUGUGCAAAUCCAUGAUAGAGAAUGGUGAAGAUGAUCCUAUGGUCUAUCCAGACGAACUUGAAGUACUUUUGAAAAAGAGAAUUGCUUUUAGAGUUAAAGUGCAGCCAAACUUCAAUCAAGGAUCCGUUCAGAAACUUUUAACAGAUGCAUCUUCUGUUGAUCAGAUUUUAGAAAACUACAUCAAACAGCAAGAUGAGCAAACUAAAGACAUUGUAGUCAAUGAACCAAAAACACCAACAGAUACCUUGCAUUCACUUUCGGCAUGUGGAGAAAAUGAACCCGAAAUUAACAGUAUAGUCACCCCAACAAAGGCGAAGUCAUCAAGUGCACCAGACGGUGAAAAUGAAUGUGAGUUUGUCGGAGCUACACACACCGUUAGUGGUUCAAAUGAUCAUCCUGAGGUUUCUGCAUCUCCUGUCCCGGCCACGGACAAUAGCAAUUUAUUUUCGGAUUCAGAUGACAAUAGUACAGAAAGUUUUGAAACGGACUCCGAUAUUGAAUACCUGGAUGAAGGUUAUAACAUCUCUACAGACAUGCAUUCUGCAACGACUUCUUCAAAUGGAUACUACGAUGUAGGAGACGCUAAUUCUGUAUGUCAACAGUGCGGUGCGCAAAUGUGGUAUCUUGAAAGAAAGGAAAAGAAUCGGAAUAGAUCUAUUCCAAAAUUUUCAAUGUGUUGUCGAAAUGGCAAGAUUCAACUUCCAUUUCUCAAGAUGCCACCUAAAUAUUUGCAACAUCUCCUAUUUGACAGUGAUACGGUUCAGUCUCGCAAUUUCCAGCAAAACAUACGAAUGUAUAACAUGAUGUUUGCAUUCACAUCUCCUGGUAUUAAGAUGGAUAACCGUUUUAACAAUGGAGGUGGUCCUCCUACUUUCCGUAUUCAAGGGCAGGCCUGUCAUAGAAUUGGUAGUAUGUUACCCAUGCCGGGACAGACUCCAAAAUUUGCCCAGCUCUAUAUUUACGACACUGAACAUGAAAUACAACACAGGAUUAAUGGGAUGAGAACAAAAACUGGCGUUGACAUUGAUAUUGUUACAAAAUUAUCUCAAAUGUUGUACGAACACAACGUACAUGCUCAGUCUUUCCAAAUGGCAAGAGAUAUUUUGUCUCAACAAAGUGUAACAGAUUUGAAAUUGAGACUUAUUUCAGACAGAAAUACUGAUGGACGUAUUUAUAAUCAGCCAACUGUUUCCGAGGUUGCCGCUUUGAUAGUUGGUGAUGUCGAUACAACUGAAAAAAGAGAUAUCAUAAUGCACAAACAGUCGGGCGAUCUUCAAAGAAUUGAUGAGUAUCAUACUUCUUAUCUUGGAUAUCAAUAUCCAUUGCUUUUUCCAUAUGGUGAGGAUGGAUAUAGGCCAAAUGUGAAACAUCGGGAUCACGGUCACGUUGUACGUUCCACCACACCAAACAGUCGUGAUGAAUUAGAAUAUAACGAUGUUCCAUGGGAAGAAGCUACAAAGAGAAACAGGCUAACGAUAAGAGAAUGGAUGGCAUUCCGAAUACAAUCAAGACAGAACGAGGCACCGACACUGUUAAGAGCUCGAAGGCUAUUCCAACAAUUUUUAGUUGAUGGUUAUACAAUGUUGGAAUCAGAGAGACUUAGAUGGCUUCGUAAAAAUCAAUCCAAAUUAAGGGUUGGAAAAUAUCACAAUUUGAAUGAGUUAAAUUCAAACAGUGUGACACAAGGCUCAAGCACCGGAAAAAGAUUAGUUUUGCCGUCUUCAUAUGUUGGCAGUCGUAGAUAUAUGGAUCAACUGUAUUUUGACGGAAUGGCAAUUUGCAGCUAUGUUGGUUUUCCUGACCUAUUUAUUACAUUUACAUGUAAUCCAAACUGGCCGGAGAUACAGCGUUAUGUAAGACAAUCAAACUUGAAAUCGGUCGAUCGUCCAGACAUUAUUUGUCGAGUAUUUAAAAUGAAGUUUGAUGAGUUAUUGUCCGAUCUAACCAAGAAAUCUGUCAUGGGCAAGGUCCUUGCCUAUAUGUAUACCAUUGAAUUUCAAAAGAGGGGUUUGCCACAUGCUCACAUAAUAAUUUUUCUUCAUCCGACCAGCAAGUAUCCAAAUGCAGAUGAUAUUGAUAAAAUAAUUUCAGCCGAAAUACCUGACGAGAAUUCUGAUCAUGAGCUCUAUAACUUGGUAAAGUCACAUAUGAUACACGGUCCAUGCGGAAGACUUAACCUAAAUGCACCGUGUACAAGGGAUGGGAAAUGUUCCAAGUAUUUUCCAAAGGAAUUCCGUCCUCAAACAAUAGUCGAUCAAGAUGGCUUCCCUGUUUAUCGAAGAAGAGACAAUGGUCACACUGUGUUAAAGAAUGGAAUUCGGUUUGAUAACCGUCACGUUGUACCAUAUAAUUCAGGAUUAUUAAAGAAGUUUCGAGGUCACAUAAAUAUGGAGUGGUGCAAUCAAAGUUCUUCGAUAAAGUAUCUGUUUAAAUACAUCAACAAAGGUUACGACAGAAUCACUGCUGCCGUUGUUAGGAAUGAUGAGGUGAGCCAAAAUGCCCAAAAAAAUAUCGACGAGAUUAAACAAUAUCUUGAUUGCAGAUAUGUUUCUCCUUGCGAAGCAUGUUGGAGAAUAUUCUCCUUUCCCAUACAUGGAAGAAAACCCGCGGUUGAGAGGUUAUUUUUUCACUGUGAAGGAGAGAAUUCUGUGUUUUACAGAGACAUGGAUCGCUUAGAUACCGUGUUGGAAAAGCCAAGUGUCACAGAAUCAAUGUUUACUGCUUGGUUUGAGGCAAACAAAAAAUAUCCUGAAGCCAAGGAGUUAACAUACAACAAGUUUGUUGGAAAGUUUGUUUAUGUAAAGAAAACAAGGGAAUGGAAACCGCGGAAAAAGGGUUAUACAAUUGGUAGAUUGGUAUGGGUUCCUCCAAGCUCGGGUGAGUUGUACUAUCUCAGAAUGAUGUUAACGCAUGUAAAAGGUCCACAGAGUUACGAAGACAUAAAAAUAGUUAACAACAAGAGAUGUAAUUCUUUCCGUGAUGCUUGCUUUACUAUGGGAUUUAUUGGCGACGAUAGGGAGUACAUCACUGCCAUUGAAGAGGCAAGUCAUUGGGGAUCUGGGCAUUAUUUGAGGUUACUUUUUGUUCAUAUGCUACUAUCAAGCAGCUUGAAUAGACCAACACAUGUUUGGAAAAAAACAUGGCAAUUAUUAUCGGACGGCAUAUUAUAUGAACAGCGUAGAAUCGCAAACAAUAGAGAGUUGAUUUUGUCAAAUGAAGAAUUGGUCAAUUUGACAUUGGUAGAAGUUGAAAAAUUACUUCAAAAGAACAGGAAGAGUUUAUCCGAUUUUGUGGGAAUGCCACAGCCAAAUGGAUAUGUUGUUCAGCAAUUAGGCAACAGGUUGAUUUAUGAUGAACGUAACUACGACAUCAUAGAACAAAGUCAAGAAUACAAUACAUUAUAUCAACAUCUCACAGAUGAACAAAGAACUGUUUUUAACACUAUUAUCGGCGCUGUAAAUAACGAAAGAGGAGGUGUCUUUUUUCUGUACGGCUAUGGCGGCACGGGAAAGACGUACAUUUGGAGGACAUUGGUGUCUUGCAUUCGUUCGAGAAAACAGAUUUGCUUGACUGUUGCUUCAUCUGGUAUAGCUUCUCUCUUGCUACCAGGAGGUAGAACAUCACAUUCAAUGUUCAAAAUUCCAAUCCCAACAUUGGAGGAAUCCAUAUGUGACAUCCCAAAGAAUACUGAUCGAGCCGAGUUGCUUCGGUCAGCCAAAUUAAUUAUCUGGGACGAAGCUCCAAUGGCUAACAAGUAUUGUUUUGAAGCACUGGAUAAAACCCUUAAGGACCUUAUGUCCGACACAAAGCCUUCCAAGUCUAUUUUUGGUGGUAAAGUUGUUGUUUUUGGCGGGGAUUUUCGUCAGAUCCUUCCUGUUAUUCCAAGGGGCAGCCGUUCUGACAUCAUUCACGCGAGCAUCAACUCUUCAUACAUAUGGGAUCACUGCAAAGUUCUCAGACUAACAAAAAACAUGCGUUUGUUGCAAUCCACCACACCUUCAAGUUCAACAGAAUUAGAAGAGUUUUCAAAUUGGAUUUUAGAUGUUGGAGAUGGAAAACUGGCUGAACCGAAUGAUGGAUAUGCAGAUAUUGACAUACCAAAGGACAUGUUUAUAUCCAAUUUUAAUGAACCGAUAAAGGCAAUUAUAGAUUCAACCUAUCCUAACUUUCUGCAGAAUUACAAAGAUCCCCAAUACCUUCAAUGUAGAGCAAUAUUGGCUGGAACUUUAGAGACAGUUGAUGUCGUAAAUCGUUAUGCGCUAGAUAUGAUUCCAGGAGAUGAAAAGAUUUUUUUGAGCUCCGACUCAGUUGAUCAAAUGGACACUGAUGCUUGCGAUUCUUUUGAUGCUUUGACAACGGAAUUUUUGAACACCCUGACGGCAUCCGGUCUUCCACAACACAGCAUUAGACUUAAAGUUGGCACCCCUAUAAUGCUCCUGAGAAACAUCGAUCAAUCUGAAGGGUUGUGCAACGGUACAAGACUCAUUGUUACAAAAUUGGCCGACCAUGUUAUAGAGGCAAGGAUUAUCUCCGGUAAAAAUACCGGAAGUUCAUUUUAUAUUCCAAGAAUGGAUAUAUCUCCAACACAAUCACCCUGGCCUUUUAAAUUAACAAGAAGGCAAUUUCCAAUCAUUGUGUCCUACGCAAUGACGAUUAACAAGUCGCAAGGUCAGUCGUUAGACUAUGUUGGGUUGUAUCUGCCAAGGAAUGUCUUCAGCCACGAUCAGUUGUACGUUGCAAUAUCAAGAGUGAAAAGCAAAAACGGUCUCAAGAUACUAAUCCACGACAAAGACAAUGAAGCGGCAGACACUACCACCAACGUGGUAUUCAAAGAAGUCUUUGAAAAUGACUAA